AUGUCCUCCGAUCUCCCCGCUCCGUCGUCUAUUACAUCACUCCCGCAGGAGCAGCAAUUCCGCGUCCUGGAUACCCUGUUCGAGUCGUCCCCGGAGCUGCACACCCUCAUGGCUCCCGUUCUCGCAAACCAGACAUUCUCAUCCUAUUCCACUCUGAUUGAUGCGGUUGGCGGUCGCAUGUCCGCUCUGUCUGCUGCCAACUCGUCGAAAGAUCGCGAUAUCCUGGUGGGGAUUUUGGGGUCGCAUCCCCGCCUGGGACAGCCCAAGGGAGCCCCGACGGAGCACUUGAGCGAACUGAGCAAGAAGGAACAAGCAAACCUGAACACGGGAGCAGAGGAACAAGCAGAGAAGCUGAAGCGGAUGAAUGCGGAAUAUGAGGAGAAGUUCCCUGGCUUGCGAUUUGUUACUUUCGUCAACGGCCGCAACAGGGAUGCCAUCAUGGAGGAGAUGCGUGAGAGGAUCGACCGGGGUGACGCCGAUCGCGAAGUGGAGGAGAUCAUACAGGCAAUGUGCGAUAUUGCAAAGGAUCGGGCGCGGAAAUUGGAGCAGUCUGCUAAGAUAUAA